CUGGGACGGGCGGGGGCGCGAGUCGGAGUGCAGCUGCGGCUGCGGGCCGGGCUGUGCCGCCGGGCAGUUGGCAUAGCUGCGACGCUGGGCGCGGCGGGCCGGGUGACGCGGGGCCGGGCGCCGCCGCGCCGCCGUGAUCAUGUCGGAGCCGGCGCCCGAAGUUCCAGAGGAGCUGUUCCGCGAGGUCAAGUACUACGCGGUGGGCGACAUCGACCCGCAGGUUAUUCAGCUCCUUAAAGCUGGGAAAGCCAAGGAAGUCUCCUACAACGCCCUGGCCUCGCACAUCAUUUCGGAGGAUGGUGAUAACCCAGAGGUGGGAGAAGCCCGUGAGGUCUUUGACUUGCCUGUUGUAAAGCCUUCCUGGGUGACUCUGUCCGUGCAAUGUGGUGCUCUCCUGCCAGUCAAUGGUUUCUCUCCAGAGUCCUGUCAGAUUUUUUUUGGACUCACUGCCUGCCUUUCUCAGGUGUCGUCUGAAGACAGAAGUGCCCUGUGGGCCUUGGUUACGUUCCACGGGGGCAGUUGCCAGCUAAACCUUAACAAGAAGUGCACACACUUGAUUGUCCCAGAGCCAAAGGGGGAGAAAUACGAGCGUGCUGUCAAGAGACCAAGCAUUAAGAUUGUCACCCCUGACUGGGUCCUGGACUGUGUGUCUGAGAAGAGAAGGAAGGAUGAAGCUUUUUAUCACCCACGUCUGAUCAUCUAUGAGGAGGAAGAAGAGGAGGAGGAGGAAGAGGGAGACGAGGAGCAGGACUCACAGAACGAGGGCAGCACUGAGAAGUCCAGUGCAGCCAGCUCUGCAGAGGCCUCCCCUGCUGGCCAGCCGUGCUCUCCCAAGCCCAGGGCCGAGGUGUCCAAAGGGGAGUUGAUGUUUGAUGACUCUUCGGACUCGUCCCCUGAGAAGCAGGAGCGCAGCUUGAACUGGGCCCCUGCUGAAGCCCCACCGCUCAGCACAGCCCAGCGCAGGCUGCCUCAGGGAAAAGGGCCGGGACUCAUUAAUCUGUGUGCCAAUGUCCCACCUGUCCCAGGGGACAUUCUGCCUCCUGACAUGCGGGGUAACUUGAUGGCCCCAGGGCAAAACCUCCAGAGUUCUGAGCGGUCAGAAAUGCUAGGAACCUGGAGCCCAGCUGUCCGGACGUUGAGAAACAUUACAAACAGCGCUGAUAUCCAGCAGAUGAGCCGGCCAUCCAAUGUUGCACAUAUCUUACAAUCCCUUUCAGCACCCACAAAAAACCUAGAGCAGCAGGUGGUGCAUGGCCAGCAGGGACACCCCAAUGCCAGUGCUGUUCUGUUUGGCCAGGCUAAAGGUGCUCCCGAGACACAUAUGUUGCAGCAGCACCACCCUUCCCAGCAGCCCCAGCAGCAGCACCCAGCCCUGCACCUCCAGCCCCAGAUCAUGCAGCUCCAGCAACAGCAGCAGCCCCAGCAGCAGCCCCAGCAGCCCCAGCCCUACCCCCAGCCGUCAUCACAUCAGUUCCCGCAGCAAGUCCAUCAGCAUCAGUUCUCUCAGCAGCAGCUCCAGUUUCCACAGCAACCAUUACACCCUCAGCAGCAGUUGCAUCGCCCUCAACAGCAGUUGCAGCCAUUUCAGCAGCAGCAUGCUCUGCAGCAGCAGCUCCAUCAGUUGCAGCUCCAGCAGCACCAGUUAGCACAGCUCCAGCAGCAGCAACAGCAGCAGCAGCAUAACCUUCUCCAGCAGCAGCAACAGCAGCAGCAGCUCCAACGCUUGCAGCAGCAGCAGCAGCAGAUGCAGAAUCAAGCAGCACACUUGAGCCAAACGUCCCAGGCACUACAGCACCAGGUUCUACCCCAGCAGCCCCUGCAGCUGCCCCUGCAGCCCCCACCUCAGCAACAGCCGCAGCAGCUUUUUGGACAUGACCCAGCAGUGGAGAUUCCAGAAGAAAGCUUCUUGCUAGGAUGUGUGUUUGCAAUUGCGGACUAUCCCGAGCAGAUGUCGGAUAAGCAGCUGCUGGCCACCUGGAAAAGGAUAAUCCAGGCACAUGGUGGCACUGUGGACCCUACUUUCACAAGCCGGUGCACACACCUCCUCUGCGAGAGUCAAGUCAGUAGUAUGUACGCACAGGCACUACGGGAGAGGAAGCGGUGUGUCACUGCACACUGGCUCAACACGGUGCUGAAGAAGAAGAAGCUGAUGCCCCCUCAUCGAGCCCUGCAUUUUCCUGUGGCGUUCCCACCUGGAGGCAAACCCUGCUCACAGCAUAUUAUCUCUGUGACUGGAUUUGUUGACAAUGACAGAGAUGACUUGAAGUUAAUGGCAUACCUGGCAGGUGCCAAGUAUACAGGGUACCUGUGCCGUAGCAACACAGUCCUCAUCUGUAAAGAAGCAAGCGGCUUGAAGUACGAAAAGGCCAAAGAGUGGAGGAUCCCAUGUGUGAACGCACAGUGGCUGGGGGACAUUCUGCUGGGGAACUUCGAGGCCCUGCGGCAAGUGCAGUACAGCCGGUACACCACUUUCAACCUGCCGGACCCCUUUGUUCCCACUCCACACUUGGUCUUGGGUCUUCUAGAUGCGUGGAGGACCCCAGUGAAGGUGACUGCGGAGCUAUUGAUGGGUGUAAGAUUACCUCCUAAGCUGAAACCAAAUGAGGUCGCCAACAUCCAGCCUUCUUCAAAAAGAGCCAGAAUUGAAGACCUGCCACCUCCCACUAAGAAGCUGACUCCAGAGCUGACGCCUUAUGUGCUCUUCACUGGGUUUGAGCCUGUUCAAGUUCAGCAGUACAUUAAGAAGCUGUACAUUCUUGGUGGGGAAGUUGCUGAGUCCACGAAGAAGUGUACCCACCUCAUUGCCAGCAAGGUGACGCGCACAGUGAAGUUCCUGACGGCCAUCUCUGUGGUGAAGCACAUUGUGACUCCGGACUGGCUGGAGGAGUGCUUCAAGCGCCAGACUUUUAUCGACGAGCAGAGCUAUAUCCUGCGAGACGCUGAGGCGGAAGUGCUCUUCUCCUUCAGCCUGGAGGAGUCCUUAAAGCGAGCCCAUGUCUCGCCCCUCUUUAAGACAAAAUAUUUCUACAUCACCCCUGGCAUCUGCCCCAGCCUUGCAACUAUGAAGGCAAUUGUAGAGUGUGCAGGGGGAAAGGUGUUAGCCAAGCAGCCAUCCUUCCGGAAGCUCAUGGAACACAAGCAGAAUAAGAGUCUUUCAGAGAUCAUUUUAAUAUCCUGUGAAAAUGACCUGCAUUUAUGUCGCGAGUACUUUGCCAGGGGAAUAGAUGUUCACAAUGCGGAGUUUGUCCUGACUGGAGUGCUUACACAGACACUGGACUAUGAAUCAUAUCCUUUAUGAGGGCGUGUAGCAGGGACAGGUGACCACCAAGGACCUGUUGGCUUACAGAGGUGUUGAAGGCUUUGACAGUUUGACCCUAUAGAAAAAUGAUGGGAGUCCAUGGCUGAGGACUGGUCCACGCUCCACAGCCCCAAGGUGGGAAGUGGCACAGCUUGAUAUGGCAUUGUAGUUAAGGUACAGAUGUGGCUGGGUAUGUGUUGGACAGCUAAGGCUUUUCAGGCUCCCAGGAAGGAAGCCUGCCAGUUUAUAGUCCAUAUCUCAGGUAUUAGUUUUAGAAGGACACAGAAUUUUUUUUUUUAAGAUUUAUUUAUUUAUAUGUAUGAAUACACUGAUGCUGUCAGAAGAAGCAGAAAAGGGCAUCAAAUCUCAUUACAAAUGGUUGUGAGGCACCAUGUGGUUGCUAGAAAUUGAACUCAGGACCUCUCUUAACCACUGAAUCAUCUCUCCAGCCCAGAACACGGAUUUACUCUAUUGCAUGCUGGCCUGGCAUCCUGUCACCCCGACUGGCUUCAUAAGGAUUACCUUGAGUGCCAAGAUUGCAGGCAUGAGCCACUGCCCAGCUAAGGUGGUUACUUUAGUGUAGUGAAGAGCUCCCAGGUUAGAGUGAUGUCCCUGACCCUUUAUCUGUGUGGUGUCACCCAGCUGAGUGCAUUUACCAAACACUUCCUCUUAGCCCCAAGAGCUCAGUAAACUGUGAGCUAUACCACCUAGCUUGGUGGCCAGGAGGAGCCAGCAGGAGUACCUGGCAGGGACCCUCCUCCAAGCUGAUGAGCUGGACUAACAGGAGGUAGGUGUGCUGUAGCAUUUGGUCUUUAUGCAGCACAUCCUCUGAUAUCUUCCCCAGGCUUCUCCUUACACUGCUUACACUUGAGAACAUGGUAGAACUAUUUUUCAGGUUACAUAGGUCAACUAAAGGCCUGUCCCAUGCCUGUAACUCAGUGGGUCUCAACUCCUUUGGGGUUGACUGAACCUUUCACAAGAGUUGCAUAUCAGAUAUUUACAUUGCAAUUCAGAACAGUAGUAAGAAUUACAGUUUUGAAGUAGCAAUGAAAAAUAGUUUUGUGGUUGAGGUUCACCACAAUGUGAGGUAUUAAAGGGUUGCAGUGUUAAGAAGUUUGAGAAUCACUGCUGCACUAAAUGUUGCCCACGUAAGACGCUUAGGGUGACAGCUCUCUUAAGGACAUGUUUUUGUGGUAGCUUUGGGGACAGGAAAUCAGGAAUGUGCCUUGAAUUAGGCUUUAGCUAUGACUUAAGUAGGGCGCCUCCACCCAGCCACCCAUGUGUCAUGUAGCGAGCCUAUGCUAUGGGUGUUGGAGUCUGCAACUGAAUAGGUAGCUUGCAUAUGAAGGAGGUGGUCUCUAAAACUACCUCUCCCUGGGGGGGGUGCGGGGAGGGGGCUGGCCUAAUGUGACCCUGCUGCCUUGAGUGUGAAAAGCAUUUUCCUCAACA